AUGUGUGUUUUUGGAGCAGUAUGUCUGGGAAGACCAAUGGUCAUGGCUCAACAAGUGGACCAGACAAAAUAUGUUAUAAGCAUUCCCAACGCAUCCAACGUCUCGUAUAUCACGAUAUUUCUAUUGCCAAACUCACCAUUUGUCGAUAACAACUACACUGCGUUGGUAUAUUUCCAAUUACCAUCCAGCGAUGGUUCUUCAUCUGAAUACAAGUUAUUAGGAGGUAUUAAUCCAUCAAAACCAUCCGCAAUCUAUAAAUUGAACAAUAAAAACACACAUGCAGCCUCAAGAUCUCCAGAUGAUAUAGAUAUGGACAGUGCCCCUGUUGAUACUAAUGACAACACCACGAUAAAUAUAGGUAUUUCCAUUGAACCUACUCCACAGGCAGAACAAUUGAUUCUACAGGCAAGAAAUUCAAAUUCAUUGGUGCCUACAAGCAAACCGACAACAACUGCAGCAAAGUCGCCAAGCGAAACAGCUGUUCUUGCUAACAAAAUAGUGGGACAUGCUUAUAAUUAUCUAGCUAGUUUUAUUGACAAUUCAGGUAAAGUCCCCAUAAAAGCAUUUGAUAACUGGUGGGACAAAUUCAAAGCUAAACUAAACAACAACCCUAAUUUCUUGAACGAGCUAGAUAACUAA